UAAAGAAUUUAUAUACGCCAGUGAGAGACUGAAUAGCGAAUCGUAAUGAUUGUCAUUGUGAACGUUAUAUAUUGUUAACAAAAUGUAUGAUCGAAAUUUAAUAUUUAAAGUGAAUUUUAUGUGUUAUAAACUUAAUUGAGGUGAAAAAUUUCAUGUUUAAAAUAACAACAUUCAUUCGUUGUACAUUAAGUGAAAUUGUACAGCAAACAAUUUUAUUAAAAAAUUUAAGGUUCUAUUCAAUAAAAAUGAAUAAAGAAUAUUUUGAAGGUCAAUUGGAUCGUUAUAAUGGAAUAAUAGUUGAUUCAACAAAAGAAUCAUGUAAAGGGGAUAUUUUUUCAAAUCGACUUAAAGCUUCAUUAAGCAAGUGGUUAGAGGAAAAAAGACGUACAAUUUGGUUUCGUGUUAAUUUGGCACAAGCAGAAUGGGUACCAAUUUUAACAUUAGAAGGAUUCAAAUUCCAUCAUGCCAAAGAGGAUUAUGUGACAUUAUAUCGAUGGUUACCUAAAGAUCAAGAAUCAAAUAUUCCACCCUAUUCUCAUACUAAUCUUGGAAUUGGAGGAUUUGUUUAUAACGAAAGCAAAAAUGAAAUUCUCGUUAUCAAAGAAAAAUAUAUAAAACAACCAACUUGGAAAUUACCUGGAGGAUAUGUAGAACCAGGAGAAAAUAUAAAUGUUGCUGCCGAAAGAGAAGUUUUAGAAGAGACAGGAAUUCAAACUAAUUUCAAAUGUCUUAUUGCAUUUAGACAUGCACAUCAAUGUGCUUUUGAUUCUUCUGAUAUUUAUAUGAUUGCCUAUUUAACUCCAUUGACAUUUGAUAUAAAAAAAUGCGAAAGAGAAAUUUCUGAAUGCACCUGGAUGAAGGUAGAUGAAUUUAUAAAUAAUCCCAUUGUUCACGAAAAUAAUCGAUUUCUAGCGAAAAAAACUUUGGAAUUUUUAAAAAAACGUGUAGGAUUUGGAAUACACAAUGCUAUUCAUCCGAUUACAAAAAAUCCUGUAUGUAUUUAUAGUCUUGAAAGCAUAGAAUAAUUAUUAUUAUAAUAUAUUAAUUCAAAAAUUUUUCCUAAAUUAUAAACGAACAAUGGAUUCAAAUUGUAAUUAUCGAAUAAUCGCCGCAAUGUACGUCGUUAAAAAGAAAAUCAUUUCUUUGCACAAACGACUUUCUAUUUGUACCUGUGAUAUAUAUACAUAAUUAUAUUAAACUUGUUAAAUAAAUAGCCAAAAAUGUAAA